AUGAACACUACAACUACAAUUCGAACCACAAGUACAACUACAACUACAACUACAUCUACAACUACAACUACAACUACAACUACUACUCAGCAUCUACUAAUUCCCAAUAUUCCGGCCGAUGCCCGAUGGGAACAGGAUGGAGUGACUGUUGCUGGAGACCAUGGAUACGGCGAUGCCACCAAUCAAUUCAAAAGACCCCAAGGUAUCUUUGUUGAUGAGAAUCAAACGAUGGUCAUCACUGAUUCUUGGAAUAAUCGUGUCGUCCAAUGGAAGAUGGGCGAUACCAAUGGACAAGUUGUAGCUGGGACCCACGGUCAAGGAGAUCGAUUGAAUCAACUGCAUAAUCCAACCGAUGUGCUGAUCGACAAAGAAACGGAUAGUCUGAUUAUCUGUGAUAAUUGGAAUCGUCGAGUUUUACGAUUAUCUCGUCGUAGUGGUGCAGUUGAAGGAGAAAUCCUUCUCGACAAGUUCAUGUGUCUAGGAUUGGCUAUGGAUGAUCAAAGAUAUCUCUACGUCUCUGACGAUGACAAAAAUGAAGUAAGACGAUAUAAAAUAGGAGACAAGAAUGGAACUUCCGUUGCUGGUGGUCAUGGAGAAGGUGAUGGACUCAAUCAAUUCAAGUAUCCGGCCUACAUCUUUGUCGAUCAACAACAGAGUGUCUAUGUGUCAGAUCAACAGAAUCAUCGUGUGAUGAAAUGGGAGAAAGGUGCAAAAGAAGGAAUUGUCGUCGCUGGUGGUAAAGGUUUUGGGGGCGCUCUGUCACAAGUAUACUGGCCUCAUGGACUGUUCGUCGAUACGUUGGGUACUCUCUAUGUUUCAGAGUAUGGAAAUAAUCGAGUGACGCGUUGGUCCAAAGGGGUGACACAAGGCACUGUUAUUGUGGGUGGAAAUAGUGGUGGACAAGGAGCUAACCAGUUGAACCAGCCCACGGAUUUGUCCUUCGAUCGACAUGGGAAUCUCUAUGUCCUCGAUAUGGGAAAUACUCGUGUUCAACGAUUUUCUAUCGAAUAG